UUGGUUGGUGGAGCUUGUUGGAGGAGAAGAACAGCAGCCAGGUAGUGGAGGUUACCUGUAAAGCUGCACCCAGGGCAAAGAACUAAAGUACCUAUUGGGGCGAGCGGGCGAGUUCACGCUCUCUGUGGGGCUCAAAGGAGCUAAAAAUAAAACGCGUUGGGUUAAAACUUUGUUGGACACACUCGCCGUGUGUGUAAGCACCCGCCGACGCUAAAUAAUUCCCGACAAAUCGUUAUUUUUUAUCGUUAAAUCGUUUAUUUUUAGCCGUGCUUGUGUUUUUAGUCAGGCACCGCUCAGGACGCCUCUCUCCUCGGGCAUUCUCCCGCCUCCCCGAGCCUCAACCAAUCAGAAGACCGCCUGGUUCGUAGCUCGGGAGAGGCAGGAGCUCAGCUCGGCACGCGAUUGGCGGGCUCUUACGUCGCUCACGUGGCCCCGCAGCUGGCGUAUAAAGUCGCGGGCUUGGAGUUGGAGCACGGUGAGAGGACACCAACAGCUAGCAGCUAGCAGCGGCUAAAAGCUACCAUUUUAGUUGAAGUCAUGACUCAUCAACCCGCACACACACACUGACACACGCACGCACACGCACGGAGAGCUCGGCGGGGGCUCGUUUUCACGCACAGAGCGGGUUUUCGGGGAUGUUUUGGUAGUUGUUUUUCUUUAGGGGGUGUGCGUUAGCUCCACGCUAGCUACUUCCUGCAUGUUAGCCGGAGGUGGCUAGCUGAAGAAGCUAACUGUUUACCAGUUUGGUUCUCGGUUAGUUUGAAUUAUUCAUGACGGCACUCCGUGAUUGGUGGAGUCAGCGCCAGGGGCGGGGCUAGAGCGGGUGGGGGGGGGGGCGAUAUUGGCAGCAACACGCGCACAGUGAGAGAGGUGGGGGUCUGGACGGCAAGAAGGCUGUUGGUCACUGUGAUUGGCUGAUCUGUCCACAGGUGGAAGAUGAUCAGGAUGUCAUUGGACAAAGAGACUGUCCUCCCUCACGAGGUCAGCCCCGCCUUCCCCACCACCGGCAGCCUAUCAGAGCAGCCGCAGCUGGCCAAGACCCGCCCCCUCCGUCCUAAGAAUGGCCUCCAUCCGCCCGGCAACAGUCAGCCCCCCCUCACCACCUCCACUCCGCCCACUCAGCGAAUCGCAAAGAGGCGCUACUCCAUGGGCGUCGGCUUCAAGGGGCUGGCCAAGCGCCGUCGCCGCGCCAACAGUGACAGCCAAUCAGAGCCCGUGCUGCCGAGUCACUUCCUGUUGGGCGGGAACAUCUUUGACCCUCUGAACCUCAACUCGCUAUUGGACGAAGACGUCAACAGGGCGACCAAUCAGGAGACACCGAAGUGCUCGCCCCUGCCAUCUCGGGGCGGAGACCCUGUAGAAAUCCUGGUUCCCCGUGACAUCACAGACCCCCUGAACCUGAAGGGAGGAGGUGGGGACGGGAAGGGGGGCGGGGGAGUCCUGCUGUCCCCCCUGAAGUCCAGGAGGAGACACAGGAACAGACACCACGGAGGGGGAGGAGGAGAGAGGGAGGUGAUACCGGCCCGACUGUUUCCCUCCACAGCUGCACUGACAGUUCCUCUGUUGACCAGAGAGGGCGGCGUUUCGGCGUCUCCGCUCCCCUGUGAACUCAACACGGCCAUCACCUGUCGAGAUGAUGUAGCCCCGCCCCCCAUCCUCCCCAGGAGACACACCCACCCUCCACCAGGCCAAGCCCACAAGCCUGGUAACCAGGGCGAUGGUCGCCAACGGAGACGGCGCCGCACCACCUCGAUGAGGACGGCAGACUGCGCCGCAAACGCUGAUGCCGCGGCAACCACAGCUCAGCCAACCAAAUUCCAGACACCGCUGGUGGGAGGGGCUAAAGCCGGCAGGUGUGGAGGACCUCAGCCCGGCUCCGCUCAGCCACCAGAGAAGAAGAAGGACAAACACCGUUACCAGUACGGCAACCGCAGCUGUUACUACGGCUACCACGGUUUCUACGGCGACGGGUGGGAGGGGCGAGUUGGGGCGGAGGAGGACCCGCGGCUCCGCCUCCUGGAAGCCGAUUGGUUCAGAGACAAGAAAGUGCUGGACGUGGGCUGUGGCGCCGGUCACAUGACGCUGGCCGUCGCCCGGAGGUUUGACCCCGCCCACGUCCUGGGGGUGGAGCUAGACGAGCGAUUGGUCCACGCCGCCAAGCAGAACAUCAGGCACUUCCUGUCACAUGACCUGGUAGUGGAGGAGAGGAAGAGGAGGAGAGGAACGGCGGGACAGAGGGGGGAGGAAGAGGAGGAGCUCCAGCAGGCUCUCCUCUCCCUCCCCCUGUCGUUCCGGGUGAGUCGAGGUCCUCUCUCUGCUCCUCCUCUCCUCCUCCCUCCUUCAUCAUCAUCACCAUCAUCGUCAUCAUCGUCGUCCUCCAGGUUCCCCAACAACAUCACCUUCAUACAGGGCGACUACGUGUCAGAGUGGGAGGCGUGGCCAGGGCGGGGUCAGUAUGACGUCAUCAUGUGCCUGGGCGUGACCAAGUGGGUGCAGCUGCAGUCAGGUGACGGGGGCGUGGUCAGACUGUUCAGACGAGCCUAUCAGAGCCUGUCGCCGGGCGGAUUAUUUAUCCUGGAGCCACAACCGUGGAGCAGCUACAGCCGCAGCAAGAGGGCCUCGGAGUCGACGUAUCGUCACUACAGGACUCUGAGGCUCCGACCUGAACAGUUCACCUGCUACCUGACUGACAGCGUGGGCUUCACCUCAUACAGACUCAUCACACACACAGGUAACCAGCGACCGAUCUACCUGUUCCACAAAGGCCCCGCCCAGAGGAAGUGAGGUCACCGGGACAGGAUGUGACACGUCUCUCUCUCAGGCUUAGCAGGAAGUGCAUCCCGUCCUCCUCCCGUCUCCAUGGCAACAGCCCUGGACUGUGACUGACAGAUGGAGAGGAGGGAGCCGAUUGGCCUCUAUAUUUUGACUGCGAGCUCGCAGCCGAUUGGCUGAACAGUCGAGCCAUUCUGACUUGUUUGAUGACAUCACAGAGUCUGAUUGGUCAGCAGGGCUUCUGUGAGUGUGAUUGGUUGACACAGGCUCAUCAAGCCAAAGCAAAGGAUUGUGGGUGACUGUCCUCACAGUCCUGGACUCUGAUUGGACACUGGACGCUGACAGGAAGUGACACGUCUGUGCAGGUUGUUCUUUUCAAAACAAAAUGUCACCGUUUCCGGUUUGUUUGGGUUUUGUUUGUGUUUUUUAGUCAAAAUAAAGAGAAUUGAUCUGC